AUGACUCCUCUGACUGCUCCGACCAUUGUGACUGCCGUGACUGAUGUGACUGUUGCAAUUGGUAUAACUGCCGUGACUGUUGUGACUGCCGUGACUGUUGUGACUGCCGUGACUGUUGUGACUGCCGUGACUGUUGUGACCGCCCUGGAUACUGUGACUCCUGUGACGGCUGGAGCCGUUGGAGCUGCUGUAAGUUUUGCAACUCCCACGACUGUCACGACUGUUGUAGCUGCUUCAACCGCUGCGGCUGCCGUGACUGCCGUGACUGCUGGAGCUGUUGGAGCCGCUGCAAGCACUGCAACUGCUACGACUGAUGUAACUGCUUCAACCACUGCAACUACCGUGACUGUUGUGACUGCUGGUGAUGCUGGAGGUGCUGUAAAUGCUGGGGCCGCCGUGACUUCUGUACCUGCCACGGCUGCAGUCACUGCUGUGACUACCAUAACUCCUAUGACUACUAUGACUACUAUGACUGCUGUGACUGCUGUGACCAAGGCAACUGCCAUAGCUUCUAUGAUUUCCGUGACUGCCGGAGCUGCUAGAGCUACUAUAGUUUUUGCAACUGCCAACACUUCUAUUGCCAUUACUUUCAUUGCUAUUACUUCUAUUGCUGGUAUAACUUUUGUGACAGCUAUGGCUUCUGGAGCUGCCGUGACCGCCAUGACUGCCGUGACUGCUAAAGUUGCUGUGACUGUUGUGACCGCUGCUGCUGCUGAAGCUGCAGUGACUGCCAUGACUGCUGUGAUUUGCCAAACCCCCUGCCAGUGCUGGAGCCUCUGGAGGUUGACUGCUGGCGCAGCUGUCGUAACUACUGUGGCAGCCAUGUCUACUGGGGGUGUUGUGAUCGCAUGGCUGCCGUGUCCCAUCUUUGUUGCCUACUGUCGUUGGCUGUGGCAGAUGGUGCAAGUAUCUUGA